UCGUUUUGAUGAGGUUGUAGCUCGUUGUUUACAUUACUACGGUUGGAAAGAGGUGUCGUUUGUAUUUUAAGAACGUUUCUGUAAUUAGUUAUUGAUCCGGGAAGCUUGAAUCUGUGAAUAUAUUUCCAACUUUACCGGAGUGUUGCUCUUAAAGGAACAGCAGGUGUCAGAAGUGAAGGAGCGGGUUCACAAGAGAACAAUAAAAACAUUGUGACGAGCUGUAAAGUUUGUUAAGUUUACUCGGUUUUGUGGGUUGAGGCUGUAAACGAUAUUUUUCCCUCUACAGUACACAACGACAAUAUAAUUGAGAUCCAAACAUGGCACAAGACAAAGAUGGGUACACACGUUUUGAAAACUCACCACAUGACACUACCCUGGAUCAGCCUGCCCCUCCAGGGUUUAUGAUGCCCCCUUCUUAUGAAGCCGGUAUGGCUUAUGGAGUAAUGGGAGCCGGCGCGCCUAUUGGUGCACCUAUUGGCGCACCUGUUGGCGCACCUGUUGGUGUCCCAUAUCCACCACCAACUGCUGGUGAGAAUCCUAUGUAUGGACAGGGGGUAUAUGGAUAUCAACAAACCACAUAUCCUCAAGCAGAUCCUUAUAUUCCUGGUCCUUACAGCACUGGGCCUUAUACACAACAUGCUGCAUAUGGGCCAGUGAGCGUGCCAGUGCAAAUCGAGCCACCUCCAGAAUAUGAAAAUGAGCAGUUUACCUUCUGUGGACUUGAUGACAAAACCAUCAGAAGAGUGUUCAUUCGAAAGGUCUUCGCAGUGUUGAGUUUGCAGCUGGCAGUGACGUGUAGCUUUGUGGCUCUCUUCACAUUUGAGCCACACACUAAACUGUUUGUACAGAAGAAUUCGUGGACUUACUGGGUUGGCUAUGUGAUAUUCAUUGUACCAUACUUUACCAUCGUCUGCUGCGGAGAGAUUCGCAGAAAGCAUCCAUGGAACCUCAUUGCCUUGUCCAUUCUGACUCUUGCCAUAUCCUACAUGAUUGGUGUGAUCUCCAGCUUCUACGAUACAGACUCCGUUUUGAUGGCUGUUGGUAUUACGGUGGUGGUUUGCUUUACAGUGGUAGUGUUCUCUCUGCAGACCAAAUAUGACUUCACGUCCUGUUAUGGAGUGCUGUUUGUGUGCGCCAUUGUACUAAUAGUCUUCGGAAUCAUGUGCGCCUUCAUGUACAACAGGAUUCUGAUCCUCGUCUACGCUUCACUGGGAGCACUGAUUUUCACUUGUUUCUUGGCCGUGGACACACAAAUGCUUCUAGGGAACAAGAAACUCUCUCUGAGUCCGGAGGAAUACAUCUUUGCUGCACUCAAUCUAUAUAUGGACAUCAUCAACAUCUUUUUAUACAUCUUGCAAAUCGUGGGAAUGAGCCGCAAAUAAAUGUCCAUCACUGUAUAACAGAAAUCACGCUUAAAAAUCAAAAAUGAAAAUUCUGUAAUUUUUAAAAAAUUGUAUAUAAGGAUAUUUCCCUAUUCUUGUACUCAUAUCCUCUUUUGAAGUAUAUCUGCAUGUUUGAUUAUUUUGGAUCAUUUGUUGGUAAUCAUGAAUGCUCUGGAAACAAUGAAGAGUCCACUGCAACAUGAUCAGUUUCUCUGGAUUUAUAUUUAUAGUUAUGUGUAUGUGUUUAAUGAACAUUUUAGGUUUAUUCUAUAAAGUACUGUCAACAUUUCUCCCAAAUUCAAAAUAAAAAUAUUGUCAUUUAGACAUCAUUAAUAUUGUCAAAUAAUGCAAAGAAAACAAGUUCAUAUUCAUGUUUAAUCUACACAAUAUUCAUGUUUUAACUUAAGUUCAGAAAUCAAUAUUUGGGUGGAAUAAUCCUUAUUUUCAAUCACAGAUUUCAUGUGUCUUGGCACGAUCUCUGCCAGUCUUUCACAUUGCUGUUGGGGAGUAACGUAAUACAUGUAACAGGAUUACAUAUUUAAAAUACCAAAUAUAAGUAACUGUAUUCCACUACAGUUACAAUUUAAAUUAUAAAUAUUCUUGGUUAAGAAGUUACGUUGCUGAUAGAUAUCAAUUUGUAUAAAUAAAUAAUGUUAAAUGUGAACUAAUGAAAGUCACUUGUGGUGUUCCGUGGUGUGAAUGAAUCAAGUUGCUAAACUAC